CAAUAGAGUUCUUGGUUAUCAUCAUCAUCAUUGUUUAUUUGAUAUUUGUGAUAUUAGGAUUCUUUCCUAGCUUAAGAUAAUGAACCUCUUCCCAGCAGAGAUCAGUGAUAUUCUGAGAUGCAACCAAAGGGAUGUAUCUUUCAUCAAAGAACUGGAGGAAUACAUCACCGAUGUGCUGCAGUCCAUAUCCAGAUCAAGAUUUCACAAAAUAAGACAAUACAUUCCAAUCUCUGCACAAGCAUGGUACUACUUUCUCACAUCCUUGGGAAACUACCAGACUCUUGGUGAGGAAUACACUGGCACCGUUCGGUUAAGUUCAGGCAAUGAGAUUCCCUCCAAAUUGUCACAAACAUUAUGGUUGGUGUUAUUCCUUGGUGGUGAGGGAUUGUUUGAUAAGGCUUUAGCCAGCUUUGGUAAAAAAAUACAUUUCUCCGAUACUUUGACCCCAGAGGCGAAAGGCACGUUGCUGAAAACCGUGGACUUUCUGAAAGAGAACAAACACAUUAUAAUACGUCUGCAUCAAUCGAUUUUCUACAUUUUCGGUACUUACCAUAACAUAUCGAAUCGACUGUCUGGUAUGAAAUAUAUGCUCUUAAGAGAAUGGAUGCAGGAUAGCAGUGCUACGACGAGUUUCAAUAUCUUGGGAAAGAUAUCUCUUCUCUAUUUGGUUUAUCUGCUCGUCGAUAGCGCAAGGAGUAAACAGUCUGCGACGAUGAGAACAAGUUUUGUAGAGGAAGCGACGAUGACUUCAAAAACCUGCGUUCUCUGCGUGGAGAGUUGCAAGAACACCAGCUGCACUCCUUGCGGUCACAUCUUCUGCUGGUCCUGCAUACACGACAGUCUGAAGUAUCAACCCAACUGCCCGUUUUGCCGCGAAGAAGUUCUUCCCAACAGGAUAAUCCUGCUACAAAACUACUGAAGAACAUUUGUUAAACAAAAACUACGGUGUUGUGGAAACAUUAAAAGAGUCUUUCGUGGUCUACGGUGCUAAAAUUAAUGAAUGUUUGCAACCCAACUUGCAUAUUACUUUUUGGCCAUCUCUGAGUUACGUCGCGAAGCUUAUAGUUCACCUAGUUUUGGCGCUGUUCAAAUUAGAUUUUUUUUUAUCAUUAAUUAGAGCCUUGAUAUUAAUUAAGUU